AUGGAAAGAACGUCGGCGUAUUUUGACCUCAUAAUUAGUGUACGAGCAGCUAAAUUUGAAUCAAUUCAGUUGACAUCGAAAAAAACCGCAUUCCUUGAUACCCUGUUGUCGAUGAUGCAUGAAGAGCAGUUGACAAUGGACGAUAUUCAAGAGGAAGUUGAUACCUUCAUGUUCGAAGGACAUGACACGACCACCGGUGGUCUUAAGUUUGCCAUGUUUCUUAUUGCACUACAUCCAAAUGUACAACAAAAAUUGCACGAUGAAAUGGAUACAAUAUUCCGUAAGGUCUAUAUGUACAGGUGGGAAUACACUGUACUAAAUUUUUAUGUUACCGGUGAUAACAAUAAAAGAGACUGUACCAUAGACGACCUAAAACGAAUGCAUUAUUUAGAAUGUGUAAUUAAAGUAUGCACGACACUUUUUUAUUUAAAAUCAAGAGCUAAGUAGAAUAAUCCUUUAGGAAUCCAUGCGACUAUUACCAUCAGUGCCAUUCGUUAGUCGAGAACACAGUGGGCAUUUUUUGCUAGAGCAGGCGGACUUUAGCUUUACGAGUGAACUAAAAUUUCAUGAACCAUUUUUUUAUAGGUUUUUCAUGAUCCUCUUUCUAAUGCCAUGAGAGUUGGGUUUUGUGAAAGUUUUCUAAGGAUUUUUCCAGACAUCCGAUCUUUCGAAAACACUUCAGAAAACUUUCUCAAUAUUUAAAAACGAUGCUACUGGAAAGAUCAUUGUCGAAAACCUAUAAGAAACAUGUUUCGAGUCGUUCAGGUUCCUUUAUCUUGAAAUUCAAAUUUUCAGCACGAAAUUGUUUGUGUGAAUCUCAAAAACUAAGAAAUUUCUAGAAUUCAAAAUCGAGCGACCGAAACUAGAUGAGUUAUACACCAUUCGAUGCAGUUUUUUAUGCUGAUUCCGAAUAUGAUAUUAUUUUUGAGUAAGAGUGAUUACUGAACAGAGAAAACCUUGAAAUAUUGCGAAAACCGUACGGGUU